UCUCUGAAAGCAGCUAAGAACGAAUAGCUGUUAACCACAAAGACGGUUGCAGUGGGAAAUAUUUAUUCUCUGUGUGCACUGAGAAUUAUUCUGUUGCCUGCAUUGAAGAGAUUAUCAGCUGGAGCUUCAAGGCACUGAUGUUCAGCUGGUAGCCAUGAAUCCAGAGGAGACUGAGGAAAUGAUCAUGGUUACUGUGCCAGUCUUUACCAAAAGCAAGAUUCAGUGUCAUUCUUCAGGAUCUGCUUCUGGUGAAUCAGAAAUGGAAGAGAGGUCUUCAGACAGUGAAGCAGAGUUUGAACAGAAAGAAGACUCUUCUCAAGAGGUGAUGAUGUCGGGUCUAAACAGAAACGAGGUACUCGAUGCUGCACUUGGUAUUUCAGAACAAAAGGAGAAAGUUCAGCCCAUAGAAGAAGCACUGCACAAUGAAGUUACUACAACUUUGUUAGAUCAUACAGCCCCAUCAGAGCACUUAUUACAGUCAGAGAGUGAUGAAGAAUUUCCCCUUGGUGAUGUGACAAAUGAGGAAGAGUCUGAACAGGAUCUGGAUCAUGAGCAAGACCCUUCUGCCAGCCAGCAGAGCAUCACAGAGAAGGCAAAUAGUAAGUUUAGCAUGUUUGAGAAAAGUAUUCCAGAUGAUUCUACAUUUGCUAAACACAAGCACAGUGACCAUGACCAGAAUUUCAAUUUGCUUUCUACAGCUACUGAGGGUCUUUCACCAAUGCACGAUAAUCUCUCAUACCAUACCCAAGUCAAUGCUGAGAAACAAACUGGUGAUUGUAACAGCAGCAUCAGAUCAAAAACAGUGCCUCCAUAUCAUCUUGGUAUUCAAACAGCAAAGAAAACUUUUAAAUGUGAUCACUGUAAACAGAGCUUUGCACUGCUUGGAAAUUUAAUACAACAUCAGUGGUCCCAUCCAUGUGUAAAACAUUUUAAUUUUACUGAAUGUGAAAAAUCAUUUUCAAACCGUGGCCAUCUCACAGCUCGUCGAUUGAUUCAUAAGGAUGAAAAACCAUUUAAAUGUUUGGAGUGCGAGAAGAGCUUUGUAACAAAGCCCCUUCUUAUUAGCCAUCAGUGGAUUCACACAGGUUCUAAACCCUUUGUGUGUCCUGAAUGUGAAAAGAGUUUUGCACACCAGAAUUCUUUGAGUGAACAUCUUCAAAUUCACAGGGGAGAAAAGCCCUUCAAAUGUAAUUACUGUGAAAUGACUUUUUCUUACCGGAAGUCUCUAUCACGCCAUCAGCAGAUUCAUCCAGGUGAAAAGCCUUUUAAAUGUACCACUUGUGGAGAAAGUUUUGUUACAAAAACUUUUCUGACUAGACAUGAACGUACUCACACAGGGGAAAAGCCAUUUCAUUGUAAGUACUGUGAAAAGAGUUUUGCACAUCACAAUUCCUUGACAGAGCACCAGAGCAUUCACACAGGCGAGAAACCUUUCAAAUGUAAAUACUGUGAGAGCUGUUUUGCGUAUAGAAAAUCUUUGUCUCGUCAUCAGUACAUUCACCUUGGUGAAAAACCUUUUGUAUGCAAAGAGUGUGGAGACAGUUUUGUGACAAAACCCCUUCUUAGUACACACCAGCGGAUUCAUACGGGAGACAAGCCUCUGAAAUGUAAGUACUGUGAGAAGACUUUUGCACAUCGUAACUCUUUAAUUGAGCAUCAACGUAUUCAUACAGGAGAAAGGCCUUUUACUUGUAUGCACUGUGAAAAGAGUUUUGCAUACCGUAAAUCUCUGGCCCGCCAUCAGCUGAUUCAUCCAGAUGAGACUUCAAUAAAAAUUACUGUGUGUGAGGACAGUUAAUAAAAAUAUAUUUCUACUAGUCACCAAAGGAGAUCUAGAAGCACUUUAAGGAAAUGCUCUGGCAUCUUGCCGUAUUAUACUAUUUCUAGUUGAAAUGCCAGUCUUUAAUUAUAGCUUUUCUGCUUUAAGAAGUUUAUUGGUAUAGCUGAGUGUAUUGUCUGAUUUUGUUCUCAACAGAGCUGAAAGUGCAUGGUAGGUAUAUAGGCAUACUGUCUUGAUUAGAUUUAAACAUAUGAACUCCAUGCAUGCUUAUUUAAUCACAUCUUAACCAAGUAAAUGAUAUAGGGUACAGUAUUUUUGCCAAUUGUUCAUAUCAUUAAAAUGGGCAGCCACAGUGGAGCAGCGGUUAGCGUUGCCGCCAUACAGCAAAAGAGGUUCUCCGGUUCGAUGCUGGGGCGCCUUCUGUGCGGAGUCUGCAUGUCCUCCC